AUGCCCCAUGGUGGAUCAGCGUCUGAUAUCACUUGCCCUUUUCGAAUCGAAAGAACUGAUUCUUCCAUUCGAUUGAAGGAUUACGCUGCUAAGUGGGAUAUUGGAAUUGUAAUUGAAAUUCCCAAGUGGAAUAUUUGUUUAGACUUGGCGAAAGAAAUAACAUCAAUUCUGAGAUUAAAUCUAAACCUUGUCCCCACUGAGAAUGAAGCUUCGAUGAAAAAUUUAAAUAGCUAUUGCACUUUGCCUCCGCGUAAUCUCUCGAGAAAAUCGAUAUCGGCCAAUCUGAAGAGCACGAACUGGAUGAAAAUGAAAGUUUUGACGUACCUCGUUGAUCUACCUGUUUAGGCGUGCCUGCAUAAGACGGGGUGGAAGCUGUGACCACCGGCCGAAAGACUGCUGCUACAGUUCCAGUUGCAGAUGCAAUUUGUGGGGCUCAAAUUGUCAGUGCCAACGAAUGGGUCUGUUUCAGAAAUGGGGCUAAACGGGCUUCACCUCUCUUCCGUCUUCCCCGUCUCGCACACUUCCGGCGAGAAGGUUUCUCCCUUUAGCACCCGACGCGAUUAUUAACCGUUUCGUUUGCAAGGUUUUCUCAUUUCUCGUUUCGAGAUCACUUGAAAGAAUUUGCAAUCUUUUUCAUUUCGCCGGCUGCGUUUCGAACGUUUUUACUUGUAGCAAAUUCCCUUUUUUUUUUUUUUUUUUUUUUUUUUUUUUUUAUCAAAGUCUGUUCGUUUACAGUCGACUAG